AAGUGCAUUGUGGUCUUUCUUUCUUUGGACUGAGCUGAAGGAGGAGCGCAAUGGCUUCUGAGCCGAUGGUGCUGGUGUCUUUUGGUACAGACUCUCGUGCCCGGGACGUUAACAAGGCAGCGGCGUGCUAAUUGUGCUCUUCGCGGGGAGAGCGGCCAAGAUGGCGAUCGUACAACACCUCUGUCAGGACGUCUCGAAGAAAUGCAACUCCAAAAUUGACAUCGGGCAGAUGGUGGGAGACAGUCAGGUGAUUUUUGAGAAGGCAGAGAAUUCUUCCCUCACACCAGUCGGUAAGGCAAAGACAAAACACCAACAGACAAUCAUCAACCCACACUGGAACUUUGAGAAGAUGGGGAUUGGAGGUCUGGACAAGGAGUUUUCUGACAUAUUCCGCAGAGCAUUUGCAUCCCGAGUCUUUCCUGCAGAUGUUGUGGAACAAAUGGGGUGUAAGCAUGUGAAGGGCAUCUUGCUGUUUGGACCUCCAGGUUGUGGUAAAACACUGAUGGCCAGGCAGAUUGGCAAAAUGCUCAACGCCCGCGAGCCAAAGGUUGUCAACGGCCCCGAGAUCCUCAACAAAUACAGGGGAGAAUCUGAGGCCAACAUCCGCAAACUCUUUGCCAAGGCAGAGGAGGAGCAGAAGAGGCUGGGAGCCAACAGCGGCCUCCACAUUAUCAUCUUUGAUGAGCUAGACGCCAUCUGCAAGCGGAGAGGCACGGCUGCCAGCAGCACAGGCGUGCACGACACCGUGGUCAACCAGCUUCUGUCAAAGAUUGACGGUGUGGAGCAACUGAACAACAUCCUGGUCAUCGGUAUGAACACAGAGUUUAAAAGUAGGGCAGAGACAGCUACAUCUACAGCUGAAGUAGACAUGGAGUGGGCAGAGAAGCUGCAGGUCACCAGAGCUGACUAUAUGGGAUCUCUCAGCAAUGACAUAAAACCUGCAUUUGGUACAAACAAAGAGGAUUACUCCAGCUACACCAUGAACGGCAUCAUCAAAUGGGGUGACCCGGUCACCUAUGUUCUGGAUGUUGGAAAGCUGCUGGUACAGCAGACUAAGAACAGUGAUGUCAUGCCACUGGUGUCUGUGUUAUUGGAGGGCCUACUGCUGGACUACAUCCCCAUUGGUCCUCAUUUCUCCAACCUGGUCCUUCAGGCUCUGCUGGUGCUGCUGAAGAAAGCUCCACCCAAUGGUCGGAAACUGCUCAUCAUCGGCACCACUAGCAGGAAGCAUGUACUACAGGAGAUGGAGAUGUUGGACGCCUUCAGCACAACCCAUGUUCCCAACAUCUCUACUGGGCAGCAGUUAGUCGACGCCUUAGAGGUUGCUGGGAGCUUCACAGUUAAAGAGCGGGCCAGCAUCGCACACCAGCUCAAAGGAAAACAAGUCUGGAUUGGGAUCAAGAAGCUCCUUCUGCUUAUCGAGAUGUCUCUGCAGAUGGACCCGGAUCACAGAGUGACCAACUUCCUAUCUCUGCUCAGAGACGAGGGAGCAUGGACCCGGAUCACAGGGUGACCAACUUCCUAUCUCGUGCCAAGCAUAACUUCUACUGGCUCCACUACACCAAAUUUGUCCAUGAAAUAUUUAUUUCUUUUAGUUUCUGUGUUAAAAAAGGAAAAGGGGCUGUCAAAAUGUCCUAAACUAUUUUCAACUGCUGACCUGGCAGGGUUAUUAGGAGGAAUGGCAGACAUU